UUUGCAGAAUUUCAGGAAGCAUUCUCUCUAUUUGAUAGAGAUGGCGAUGGAAUGGUAACAACGAUUGAAUUGGGGACUGUUAUAAGAUCUCUAGGUGGGACCAUCACAGAUGCUGAAUUAAGUCAUAUGGUCAAAGACGUAGAAGAAAAAAAUGGUUUAAUUGACUUCCCAGAAUUUCUUACCUACAUGGCCAAGACUUUAUCACAUCAAGAAUCACCUGAAACGGUUAUGGAAGCCUUUGCAGUCUUUGAUAAAGAUGGACAGGGGUUUAUUAGUGCUAUGGAACUAAGACAUGUGAUGACACAUCUUGGUGAAAGAUUAACUGAUGAAGAAGUUGAUGAAAUGAUCAGAGAAGCUGAUAUAGAUGGAGUUGGUAGAAUUAAUUAUAGAGGUGAGUUACAUCUUGGCAUUCCCGGAGAGUCACAUCAGAGGAAUUCGGGGAACCUUAUGGCUCCUAUACUGUUCAUGUAUUUCUUGCUAUGA